UGAACAUAUAAAAAGCCAUUUUUUUUUUGCUUCUUUUCUUUUUCUUUUGUUUAUCUUUUCAUUAUUGUUCUAAUGGACUCGAGAAAAUAUCAACUCUACAAAACUGAAAUGUGUAGAAAUUGGCAAGAAAUGGGUGAUUGCAGAUACGCAAAGAAAUGUCGAUUUGCACAUGGCCAGCAAGAACUUCGAGGUGUUCAACGCCAUGUUAAAUACAAGACCGAAAUCUGUAAGACUUUCCACCUUACAGGUACUUGUUCUUAUGGCGUUCGAUGUACUUUUAUACACGAUGAACACGUGCCAUCACCUAGUAUUUCGCCUUCCAUGUCUCCUUUGUUUGCACCAUUUGUUUCAUUUCUAGACGAUUCAUGGAAGAAUAUUUGGUCGACACCGUUUUACGAUAGACGUUACUCAUCUUCUUCUGUUUCUUCAUUAUUUUAAGAAAAAAAGCAUCCUCUAUUUAAAUCUAUACAUCUACAUUAUUAUUAUUAUU